AUGCCACGUGUUGAGCUCGAAUACAGGACCGAUCCUGCCUUUCAGGUCGCCACAUUUACUGAGGCGAGGGAGCGGAGUCGCGAUGGCUCUGAGAGGGCCGAACUCACGUCAUACCAGUCCAGGGAGACGUCCAUCGUGCCGGGCAUGAGCACUGCGGAGCUGCUCGACGCCCACCGCAAAUCCUUGAUGAGCCUGCACAGUGUCGGUGAUGUGGACGCUGAAGUAGAUCUUCACAGCAUCACUCUCAGCCGCCGUCACUUGCAGCCACCGGAGAUGUACAAAAGCAUGCUAAUCGAAGGCAUGUCAGACUCGCUUGGUGAGUAUAAUUUUGGCAGCGCUUGCGAUGCCAUUUCAGUAGAAGAUCCCUGA